ACUAGUACAUGCUAAUAAUAGACACCUCUACAGUCUAUAAUGCAUCCUAAAACUGGCAAAUGUUUUUUUUUUUUUUUGCAAGAACAAAGCAAUACGCAGGUCCUUUGGAACCAAGUUUCAGCUCAAUGUGAAGAACCAUUGUUCCAGGCUUGCAAUAUAUACAAAUACAUCUGAUCGAUAAUAUUCAUGCUUUACAUGUACCUGACUCCGUUUACUGUAUGCCAAUGACCCACAGUGACAACGACUUCCGGCAACAAGCUCACGAUCCCAGCAGUCUGCGGGCUUCCACGUUCUCCAUCGAAAUGUUGCGGCGCAUUUGAGCGCCACGUCCUCAACCACGACAUGAACCGUCUGAGCAAACUCCUCCAGAGGUCCUCCGUCUCAUCAGCAGCUGCCGCACCAGCUCCGUCGCCUCUCCCUCGAGGAAUUCCGUUUUUUCCUCCGGUGGCGCCGCCAGCUGAGGCGCCGGCCGUGACGAUCCCGGACAGCACCGGGACGUCCCUCGACACGCUGGAGUUCGUGGUCACCGUCGGCUUCGGCUCGCCGGCCCAGAAUUACACGCUGAGCAUCGACACCGGCAGCGACGUGUCGUGGAUCCAGUGCCUACCGUGCUCCGGGCACUGCUACAAGCAGCACGACCCUGUCUUCGACCCGACCAAGUCCGCCACCUACUCCGCCGUCCCCUGCGGCCACCCGCAGUGCGCGGCCGCCGGCGGGAAGUGCAGCAACAGUGGCACUUGCCUCUACAAGGUCACGUACGGCGAUGGCUCGUCCACCGCUGGUGUCCUGUCCCACGAGACGCUGUCGCUCUCCUCCACACGGGAUCUCCCCGGGUUCGCGUUCGGAUGCGGCCAGACAAACCUCGGUGAGUUCGGCGGCGUUGAUGGGCUGGUCGGCCUCGGCCGCGGCGCGCUGUCGCUGCCCUCGCAAGCCGCCGCGACGUUCGGCGCCACCUUCUCCUACUGCCUGCCGUCGUACGACACCACGCAUGGGUACCUCACCAUGGGCUCCACCACUCCGGCGGCCUCCAACGACGACGACGACGUGCAGUACACGGCGAUGAUACAGAAGGAAGAUUACCCGUCCUUGUACUUCGUCGAGGUCGUCUCCAUCGACAUCGGCGGCUACAUCCUGCCGGUGCCACCGACGGUGUUCACGAGAGACGGCACGCUCUUCGACUCCGGCACCAUCCUCACCUACCUCCCACCGGAGGCGUACGCUUCGCUCCGGGACCGGUUCAAGUUCACCAUGACGCAGUACAAGCCGGCGCCGGCGUACGACCCCUUCGACACGUGCUACGACUUCACGGGCCAUAAUGCAAUCUUCAUGCCGGCUGUGGCUUUCAAGUUCAGCGACGGCGCCGUGUUCGACCUCAGCCCCGUCGCGAUCUUGAUAUACCCCGAUGACACGGCGCCCGCCACCGGCUGCCUCGCGUUCGUGCCGAGACCUUCCACGAUGCCGUUCAACAUCAUCGGCAACACGCAGCAGCGGGGCACCGAGGUGAUCUACGACGUUGCCGCGGAGAAGAUCGGAUUUGGCCAGUUCACUUGCUGAUUUUUAAUAUAAUAAUUCCUCGAUGAUAAAUACCUACCAGCACGGCGUGGGCGCGCCCCACGCUGUGGCUGCUUACGCUUUGCGUGUCAAUGGCACUUGGGCAAUGUUAGAGCAAUAAAUGGACUUAGCAUUUACCAAAAUGCAUAAAACUCCAAAAAAACCUCCUCCAAUCGUUAUGCAUUUGGACUUUGCAUUUUACAUAGCUAUGUAUUUGCAGGGGAAAACUUGGCAUAUAUGCCAAAGGAGUCCGGCUAUGCAAAUAGAGAUCACGGGAUUCUCGGUUCCACCUCGCGGGCUUUUUUCUUCCCUUCGCGCGAUUUCUCUUCGCGCCGCCACCACUUCGCGCGAUAGGAGAAGCAUCAUGCGUCCUCCUUCGCCAGCUUCGCGCACGCGUUUGGACGAAGCAGCGCACCAUAGGACGACGCAGCGCGCGAUAGGACGAAUCUACGACGCCUUCCUCAUCAACGCCGGCUAGGUGUGGAGCUCGAAGACGGUGGUCGAUGGCGAGGAGAAGGUCAAGUUGAGACGUGUCGUGCCGAUGAACUGAAGGGCGGACCUAAGGCUUACACCGAGGGACCAAGAGGUCGGGUGACCAGACGCGGUGGCUGACAUCUGGGAAAUCGACGAGCGCAAGUGUACAUGGGACUGUAGCGGACUGUGCAGUACUGUAGCGGACAGUCCGCGGCGCUGUAGUGGACAGUCCGCGAGUUCUGUUUUGUGCGCAGUUUGUUCAUUCGAAUUCCAAAUCGCGUUCUGUCUGUUGCGUUGGGUUUCUACCUUGCCAAUGACUCUUUUUUAACUCUUGUCAUGAGUUGGCUUGGGUAACUUUGCUUCGGAAAUUUCAUUUGCACUUGAGGUGAUUUUAGGACAGCGGUCGAAUAUUUUGAAAAAAAAUUUGAGGCUCCCAUUCACCCCUCUCAGAAGUUGUUUCUAAAAAAAAUCACAGGAGAUGAAAGGCCAAAACGAUGGAGAAUAUCACCAAAAUAGGUAUAACAGUGCAGCAUUUCCUUUUUUUUUACUUAUUUGGCAUAUUGGAACCAAGAAUCUAAAGAAAAGUGCAUCCUCUGUCUUCGUGUCGUUGCUCCUUCUACAUCUCAUACUCGUCAGCAAGUAUUUGCAGCAGGUGAAGGAUCAAAAACGGUGCCAAAGGGGGUGAAUGGGAAAUUUCUUAUGAAAUAUUUGGACGCUGUUCUAAAAUCAUCACCAAACACAAUCAACUUGCCAAGAUUAAAAUACUCCAGCCAACUUGUGACAACAGUAUCUAAAAUAAUUUUCGAAAUGGCAGAAAAACAACACAACCGACCGAACACAAUUCAGAGUUCAAACGACCAAACUAGAUGUAAAACAAGAAAUCAAAGCUAGAAAAAUUAGACAAAAAAUCUCCUGAAAAUUCAAUCAUCACAAAUUGAAAAGCAAGCACAAGAGAGCAAGAAACACAGAACUACACUGUCCAAACCGUGAGUACUACUCCAAGCAGACUAAAGUAAACUAAAACUCUACUAAUGAGCCAAUGAUUGCCUGAAGUAAAUUACGUACAAGAACAAAGCCUCUAAUCAAAACAGACUCUGAAUGAGGCAGACACGGAUUGCAGCACUUGCCGAUCAAAAAGCUAUCGGGCGAACUGCAUACAAAUCGGCUUGCCCGGCUGCCUGCUGCACGGCAACAAGAGAGAUGAGGAAGCUCGUGCCUUGGGAUUGAGAUUAACCGAUUAGCAGGGAGGCAAGAACGAGCGUCCCUCAGAGAGGACGCACGGCAUCAGAGUACCGCCGCUGGUAGCGCUACUUGCCUGCAACCUCCAUCAGUGAACUGCAAAGACGAGCAACAACCAAACAAGCGGACAGGCAGGCAGCAGAACUGCUGGAUAUUCCUGGGCCAAUCAAAAAUCAAGCAAAAACAAAGCACACAAAGAUGCAGCUGCUCCACGAUUUAACUUGACUGAAAAAGCCGAGCAGUCUUACUGAACACAGAGGAAAAUCAAGCGAGGAUGAGAGCGUUGCUGACCAGAAUCGGCUCUUGAAGCUAGGUCCCAAAGGUGAGCACUUGCUCACGGUCGUUCUCGACCUGGUGCCGCACGCUACAAGUGGAACCACGGGCGGCAGGCACCUGGAGCCACGGGCGAGCGCCGGCUCCGACGGGGCUGCUGGCCGUGCUGGCGAACUGCCUAGGACUGAGGCAAGCGCUGCUCAAACGAGUACACACGGCGCUGAGCGCUCGGCGUUGAUAGCGUUGCUGCUCGAUUCCAUGAACUACCAAACCGCGAGCAGAAGAACAGGCAGACAACCAAAAGAACAAACGUGAAGAGGCACAGUCAUAAAAUCGAUGAAAUCCAACUCAAAUCAAAAGGAACCGAACCCAAACUUUGCACAAAUCAAAUUCGACUUAGUACGAACUCAAUCCAAGAAAUCACUCCGGAAAAUUUAGAUCGUAGCAAGAAUAAAAAUGGAGAAAAACUCAAAAACACAGUGACGAAAAUCACAAACAAAAUAAGUGAAUCCUAGAUGACAACUGGAGGAUUCGGGCCGCCAUUCUCCACUCAAAAUUUCCACUUGCUUACAUAAAUUUUGACAUUUGGAGCACUCUCUCAGGAAAACCUAAAGGAAGAAGAAAAACUACGGAAAGAGAGAGAGGUGGAAAAUGACCG